CUACGUCAACUCUGUUUCUCGAUCGGCCAUUUUGGAGUGGGUUCUGUGGAAAACAGAUUAAACUCUUCGUUACUUUUAUUUAUUGACAUCAUACGACAAACAUGACAAGUCUAACACAGAGAAACGUUGGACUUAAACAAAGAAAGACUGCAAGCCAAGGGGCUGAAGCUAAUGAUGAUCAAGAUAAUUAUGAUCAGAGAGAGGAACUGGAGGAUCACGACUCGAAAGAAACAAGACUGACGCUCAUGGAAGAAGUGUUAUUGCUUGGAUUGAAGGACAGAGAGGGCUAUACCUCCUUCUGGAAUGACUGUAUAUCAUCUGGUCUGCGAGGGUGCAUCUUGAUAGAGCUUGCACUACGUGGGCGUUUGGAGCUGGAGAAGGCGGGAAUGAGAAGGCGAAGUCUACUCAAUCGCAAGGUUAUCUGCAAGUCGGACACUCCUACUGGAGAUGUCUUGUUAGAUGAAGCUCUCAAGCACAUCAAAGAAACACAACCUGCAGAAACUGUCCAGAGCUGGAUUGAAUAUCUAAGUGGUGAAACCUGGAAUCCUCUGAAACUGCGCUAUCAACUGAGGAAUGUACGAGCGCGUUUGGCCAAAAACCUGGUUGAGAAAGGUGUAUGUUCCACUGAGAAACAGAAUUUCCUGCUAUUUGACAUGACCACACAUCCACUUACCGACUCAACCGUCAAGCAGAAGCUCAUCAAGAGAGUCCAAGAUUCCGUUCUCAGUCGCUGGACCAAUGAUGCCCAUCGAAUGGACAAGCGUGUAUUAUCUCUCAUUUAUCUUGCUCAUGCUUCAGACGUUUUGGAAAAUGCCUUCGCUCCCCUUUCAGAUGAUGAUUAUGAAGUGGCCAUGAAACGCGUUCGAGAACUGCUUGAUCUGGACUUUGAUGCUGAGAGCAUGAAGGAAGGAACCAAUGAGCUUUUGUGGGCUGUCAUAUCUGCUGUCAGCAAGUGAUUCUAGCCUGUGCUACUUCUGUGCUUUCAAUGGAUUUGGUGUCUUUUCUACCUUCACAUGAACUUGACUUUGUGGAAAGUGAGGGGCGUUUCAUGGUUUAAGCCUCAAACUUUGACCAGUGAUUUCAGGCUUGACAGAGAUAUAUUAUGGAAACACAAAUCCCUCUGAAUACAGUGCAGGAUCUGUUCCCUUAGCUACUGAAUCCAAGAGUGGAGAUCCUGCCCAAAUUAAUAUGAAACUGGGAUAUGUAUAUGACUGGGGACGUUUUAACUUCAUUAAAUUUACCAGCAUGUCGCAGGAUGACGUCAGUUCUGACUGAUCUCAUGCUGUUUGGGGUUACAGUAGAUAGUCCUUAAUGUACCCAACAGAGGGCCAAUAACCUUCUUUGUUGAUCAAGGUGGCGGUAUAACAGAUAUCAUUAUGUCAUCUUGAUUUGGACAGUCCCACAGUUUGUGCUGGAUGAUUUAGGGGAUAUGACUGUCCAUCGGUCCUUUGUAUAUAGCCAUACUUCAUUGUUCUGUAUCAUUACAUCCACCAUGUUCACAUGUAUUCCUUUCCUGCCAGCAGAUCCUGUCCUACUUUGUGAGGUAUUCUAGAUCCUCAACUCUGCGCAUCUGGGUUAUCAGACUCUAUCCAUUGUUACCAGUAUUCAGGCAUGGUAACUGCGCUUUUUGAAUAUCUGCACAUAUAUUUGAUGGCAUAAGAUGGUAGAAAUUUACCCGAAAAUUGUUCCUGUAUAGAUGUUUAACAGCCUCCCAGAUAUUCAAAUUGUUGUAACAGGGUUGAAUUUAACAGGGGUCCAGGAGUUCUGUUGAAUGUGAAUCAAAGGACCCCUAAACUCUUCACAUAUGUGACAAGAACCCUCUGAAUUUACAGCUUAGUUUCAAACACAGGUAGGCUGGGAUAUCCAUAAACUUAAACAAAAGGGCCACAUACACGAGGUAUUCUCCUGGACAGUGUGUGAUAUGUGUGUUUAUCUGUCUCUGGAUGCCAGUUCUAUGUAAGAAGUGAUGAAAAGGUAUGCACACAAUAUCCUAUAUCAUGUGUGUUGUCAUCAGUGCAAAGGGACGUGUAUGUCAGUGUGUUUCAAAAGAAAUCAUUAUCAUUAACACUGCACACUUUUACACCCACUGACAUACAUGUCACUAUCAUGUGCAUCAGUUUACACUCAAGGGUCAAACCUCUCACCAUCACACACCUACACACACAUACAAUCAGUAUCCAUUCACAUCCCUAUCAUACAUGUACAUGCACCCACAUCACACAUUAUAUUCCACACUUACAUACAUCUUCACACACAUCACCAUCUCGUACAUGCACAUAUACCACACACCAGCAUCAUGCCUGCAUGUAUAGAUGUUAACCCCAAUUAUAUGCACACUUUGAUCUUAACAUUAGCCAUGUUAACACAACCUGUCACAAUCUUCCAUGCAAUUAAACUGAAUAUGUUUUAGCUGAAAUGACACUAAUGCAAAGCAUAGCACAUUAACGAAAUCCACUACUAAUAUAUAUACAAAUAGUAAAGAGAAGUAGUCUGGGUGAUUGGUUCUUAAUUCAACUAUUUUCUUAGAACUAGACAUUCCAAUAUUUUCAGAUCAUCAGCAUGAUCGGAACUAUCUCUUUUAACAUAUUGAACAUAUUUCCCUUUUCAAAUACCAAAAUGAGCUUGUGAUUAUUAAAGAAUUUAUGUACAUAAAUCCAUCCUUGAUAUUUUGAGGAGAGAAGUCUACAAAUGUCUUAUAAUCUGUUGUAGGAACAUCCAAUACUUCUUUCUUUCAUGCAUACCUUCCUACAGAUAUUGACAGUAUUUACCAUUCUGUGACAUGGCAUUUCAUGGGAUUUUGAUUUCUUAUUGUUCUGGUUCUAGUUGUGAUAAUGUAGUUACCGUAUGAAUUUAUCCAGCGAUGCCAGACUGUGGAGAUCUGACACAGAGUUGGUGAUAGACUUCAUCAGUUGUAAGUAUAUAGAAAGUGUACAGAGUUUCUUGAACAGCUCAUUUCCUUAUAGCAUUUUGUUUUGGUUUUGCCUAUUUUAUUGUGUACAUUACUUUGUUAUGUUUGAUUCAUACAAGACUUCACUUGACUUGAGAGGCAGUAGCCAUUGUCAUACACAAGUGAUAUGUUAUGAUAAUAAGUUUAUCUCAAGUUUUUGAGAGGUAUAAAAUUGACACCAAGAUGUUCACUGUUAACAUUAAGCUUCUAUCCCUAUUAAAUGAAGAAUAUUUUUGAUGGAGCUCUGUACAGAAUGUGGGAAUAUGCACAUGGUCAUUUGAAAUGUUUUAUGGGUUCUUUUCACCACCAGUGAGUAAUAUUAAAUGCUAUAUUGUGAAGGAAGUUGUAUCAUGUUGGAGUUGUUUCAAACCAUGGGGGUAAAAUUGUGUUAUGGAAUAAUAUAUUCAUAAUAUGUGUUUUUGAUGGUUUUCAUGUCCUUGAUCAAUAGUUCUGUAAUGGUACACAUGUAUCAAUAUGGUACAGGACAGUGACCUAGUGCACAGCACAUCUAACCAUGCUGGUUGAAGCGCAAGUCAUGAAGCUGCAGGGUGCUUUAAUUCUGGUUCUGAAUGGUUUCUGUUCAGAUGAAUAAUAUUGGGUACCGGUACUUUCAUCAGCUUGAAAAUAAAUAUGAUCAAAUUCAAUAUGUUUUGGUCAAUUGGCCAGUUACCUUUGAAAAUGAUGGAUCAAACAUCAGAAAUGUUGGUUCCGGUGCAGUAAAGGAGGGUAUUUCUUGGUAGCGGCAUCUGAAGCCAAGUGUUUCAUAGAACUGCAAGACCUCAUGGUGGGAUGUAUGUGACACUGGAUAUUUAGGUAUUCUGAUGAGCAUCCUUUGAUGAACAUAUGAAUCCGUUCUGAUAUUUUCACAUUUGCAUGUCAUGUUGUGGUUUGAAAGUAUUAACUGUGGGUUAAUUUGUUUUCAACAUAUUAUCAGUAAUCAGUGGAUGUGAUCAUGAUGAGUGGUUCGGCACUAUAAUAAAAAUACUGUAAAAUCUUUUGGAAUGGGUAGAUGUGGGAAGCCUGGAUGACAAUAUGAUUUUAGCCUAUUUAAUAAUUGUCGUCUUUGAAAACUGCUUAGAAUGAAUGGAAUAACUGUUUCAAUUCCUUAGACAGUCAGAUGACAUUCUUUGGAUGUUAUUGGUAUCAAUACUGAUGUUGCUUUCUCGUAUGUUUGGUGUCCGUCUUAGCUCUGGUUGUGCUACAACUGAAAGAAGUAUCUUAUUGGUAUCUCCAUGACAUCCAGUUCAUACAAAAGAUGUGAUGCAUUUAUUAAAUACAGCCUCUUUCAUCCUCUAAAAGGUAACUGUAAGCUUAGAACAAAUCUGCAAUUGAUUUGGAUGAUGUUACAACUAUAAAAUAUGUGCCAAGUUCUAAAUGUUAGUAUAAGAACAGGAGUGAAAGUCUUCAAUCUUCAUUGCUCUCAAGGAGUUACACAUAUCAGUGUAUAUUUCCACACUUUCCCCCUCGAUGUGAGAGUGUCCAAGAGUAGUCUUAGACCUAACAAUAUAGUAGACUAAGUAGUCUUAACCCUGCUUAAGGUGACUCCAGCCAAUGUGUUGCAUUGCCAAGCUUUGUAGUUUCCAUCACAAGCAGAUUACCAUGUUCUUGUCAUACUUUGUGAUUUUCCAGGGGGGAGACUAUUUUUUCUCUAUAAAAGUUUGCCUGAAUGCUGAUGCAUGUGCAUCUUGCAUUUCUUUCUACAGAAAGCAAUUACAAAUAUUAACAUCUCAUGUUGUAUAUUUUUGGUCGUUACAAUAUCCUGAAAGAUGGAGCCAAGAUAGCUCUAUCCUGGGUAUAUUGUACGUGGAGACACAUAGAUGUUUUUUAUACUGCUUUUAGUGUUUGUGAAGGAUUUGUUAAUUCUAAGAAAUACUGAAAACAUGAUGUGAUGUGUUCUGUUAUACUGUCCAAGUUUCUGAAGCAAAUGAUUUGCUACUGAAUGUAUGCUGUGUAACAGUAAGGUAGGUAGGUAGGUACCUGGUGCAUUGACACUGGUUUCAUGAUUGUCACCACCUUUGUCAUGGAUGCUUUAUUUCAACCAGAAUUGGUAUCUUUACAGCUGAAAGAUUGGGGCUAAUGGUUAACAGUUAGUUUUGUGAUAUUUAGGUGCAAUCACUGGGAAAUAUUCUAUUUGUAUAUAGGCCAUUGAUACAGAUUUGUUUACAUGUAUAUCAAUAAAUUGACAAAGUAUGGUA